AUAUUUUUAGGGGAUUUUGGUAGGCCUUACAGAGGACAGACUGUAGAUGGCAAGUGGAAGUUGCACAUUGAAGAAAAGUGGUGAAGUUUGGUAGAAGUUAACCGACAUUUUAGAGGUUCUUGCUGCCUUGAUAAUCGUGCUGAUGGAAGCAGCAAGCAUAUUUGAAAAGUCGCCAGGCUGCGCGGUGUAACAAAUCAGAAAACAGCCAUUUUUAUAUACUUGCCGCUGUAUGUUGUCUGUGGCCGGAAGAAACCUAAAGUCCACUGCUAUGAUCUCUGAAACAGUUUCGCUGCUCAAUGUCAAAUUGCAUGAAUAUUUCCAGGUGUGAACAAAACGAUUUACGAUUCUGAUAUGAUAUUUUGUAAUUUCCAACUAAUUUACUUGUUUAGGACAGCUAUGUCGUUAUGGACAAUUUUGUGGACAGAAGAAAGAACCAAUUAUUAUCAACCACUUUAAGAACCAGUUUUAAAUUAUUUUAGACGCUGCGGAAUUGAUACAAUGCUCGGAUUGGUGUUCUCUAUUUUCGGCUACGUUCUGGCGGGCAAAUUGUGUAAGGUUAUUGUUUUAUAAUAACGUGGGUUAAAAAUGGUGUGCUUGAAGUCUGUGGAAGUUUUUCGUUUUAUGUCUCCAAUUGGGGAAAUGUUUAUGAAAAUAUGUUCACAAGGAUUACAUAGCUUGUCUCAAUGUGAUUACAUAUGUGACAUAAAUUUCAAUCCACAGACAGGACAAGGUGUAUUUCUGACUGAAAAGAAAUCUGAGAAUAAUGAAGUGCAGAAGCAUGUUGAAGCUUGCAUUAAUUGGUUAAAUGUCUACUUCAGUGAUGUAGGAAGCAUUACUUGUGUACACAUGCCUGACAUAUGUGUUGCUACAGAAAUGGGUUCGUUUCAAGAGAGAGUUUGGGUUGCUUUAGCAAAGAAUAUUGGACCUGGGCAGAUAGUGUCAUAUGGAGAACUGGCCAAGAUGGUGAACAGUCCAGGAGCUUCACAGGCAGUUGGCAGUGCAAUGGCAGCAAAUCCACUGCAGAUUUUGGUCCCUUGUCACCGGGUCAUUCGUAGUGACGGUUCAGUGGGGCAGUAUUCCAGAGGUAGAAAGAACAGUGUGAAGAAUUGGUUGCUUGAACAUGAGGGAUUGAAAAUUGUUAAUAAGAAAGUUAUAGCAUUAAAGAGAAAUUAAGUCUGCUGUUUUUCUAUGCUUUAUGUGCUUUUGUUGCUCCAGUAUUAGCAGGAGGAAAAUGUAGUAAUUUUGUGUUCUCAAAAUGAAUGAUAAAUAACCAGGUCUCCUUGUGUAGAUAUUCAGUUUGCAUUGAAAUUUGGCAGUGCCAUUAAUGUUCUAGGGAGAGUAGUGGUGGUGAAACAAUAUCAUUCAUGAUAUGUGUGAUUCAAGUAUAAAAUAGACUGAUAUACCACACACAGCUAUGUUUUUAUUGUUACACCAGAGACAGACAAGACAGCAGAAAUGUUACAGAGUUGCAGGUAAGAUUUAUAAUUUAAAAUGUGUCAUGUUUUUGUUUUCCUCAAAGUUUCCCAGUUUGUCCUUUGAACAAGUUUAACUGCAUAUAAACUCACCUCAGUUAACAGCACUGGAAGUGCAGUAUAUCAAAUGGGAUAAUUGUUUGAAACACAUUUUGCAUAAGAAUUUAUAAUUUUCUCUACAACUUGAAAUGUAUAUUCUUAUAUAAUGUAUAUGUUUAAUGUAAUUAUAUAAGAUAUUGUAGGUGCGUCAUAUAUUAAAUAUAUCACUUAUAUUUUAAUACUAUUUGUAAUUAUAUAAAUUUGAGAGGAAUUCAAAUUCUUUUCUGUAUGAAGAUUUUAUUGUUUAUUUUGAAAUAAUAAUGUCAUAUAAUGAUCAUAAUUGCAUAUAACACACAAAUAGUUCAAUGUACAUACUCAGUUCUGUCUUUAAAGAACUUCGUCAUAACAUAAGAACAGUAGAAUCAUAACAGUUCACAUAAAAAAAUAAACCCAACUGUUCUAAAGAUGUGAUAUAAUCAGAUGACAUCUGAAUGUGUGUGAUAUAUACAUCUUCAUGUGCACCAAAUUUAUUAAUGUGUUAAAUGGAAAUAUUGUAUUAAAUAGAAAUUUUAAACUUGAA